CAUGUUCAGUGGAUGAAACUCUCGCGUCCCGUUGACCGCGUCAAACUUCACGUGGGGAACAUAAAUUCGACAGUGCCAAAAACAAUAAUCAAAUUAACUAUUCGUAAAAUAUGACCAUUUACCGAAAUGUGUGUUCCGUGUGACGAAGUGAUUUGAUAUGUGAAUUAUCUCGGAUCAACCGAAAAGUUAACGCAAUGUAAAUAUCUGGAAAUAUUCAAUGUUUACCUCUUACAGUGUUGUGAAUAACGUUUAGCUAAAUGUAUUUACAAAUUAUCGAGUGAAAGCUAUGUAGCGAGAGAUAUUUAUUCUGUUAAGCAGUUGAUUUUAGACUGAUGUUGAGCUAUCGUGGUUGUGAUGAUUAAAAGUGGAGUGCGUUCCUCUCAUGGCCAAAUGUACUUAUCAAUAAAUAAUUGGUUGUAAUACUCUGUAAGUUGUGAAUUAAUUAAAAGUUAUAUUAAUAUAUUUAUACAAAUACGUUUAAGAAUAAAUGUCCGUAGAUAGAACUCGUGUAGUUCACUUUUUACUGUCUUUUAACGUUGAAAAGAUAAAAGGUUGUGUAUGUUACGCUAAGAACUUUGAUCUGUAAUUUCCCUUGGGUUGUGAAUACAAUAAACAGACUGAUUCUAAAACUUGGAGCAUUACCAUUCGGAGGGUAAAUUGCCCUUUGGAACUGCUUGUCAUUAGAGAAAUGGUGGAUUUUCUGGGACAUUAGUGAUACGUGCUCUGGUGACGGGAAACUCAACACAAACGAGAUUAAGAAUGAACUGGUAGCCGAAGCGGCGCGACGACGCCCAUGUUGUGAUGACGGCUGUUAAUUCGGUUGCGACAACGCGCUUGCCGCUGCCGACAUUCUCGCCGCGCGCCGUGCUGAUGUACAGCGCGGCGGUUGGCGGCGAGGGCGUAGCGCUACAGCUUCGAGAAGCAACGCCAGCCGAGAUCGACGAGCGACUCGCUAUCGCAUGUCAUGAGCCAGAGCUGCUUGCAGACUUACUGCACGCUGCUGCAAAUAUUGACGGUGAGCAUGACGGGCUGACAGCCUUGCUGGGGGCCUCAUCUCCUGAUUUGGCACUCGCUUCAGACGCGUCAGACAGCCUGCCACUGCCAGAUCAUGACAAUGAUUGCACAACAUCCUCGUCGUCCAGCUUAAGCGGCAUAACGACUGUCUCUGUGGCAGUCACAGGACUGGACGCGCGACCUCUGUCUAAGAAGGUGCGGCCCAAACCUGCCUCCCCUAACCGACAAGGACCGCAACAAUGUCAAGUUUGCAACAAAGUGUUCGGGAAUGCAUCGGCACUAGCGAAACAUAAGCUGACCCACAGCGAUGAACGGAAGUACGUGUGUAUAACAUGCGCCAAAGCUUUCAAGAGGCAAGACCAUCUAAACGGACACAUGCUUACACAUCGCAAUAAAAAGCCAUAUGAAUGUAAGGCAGAUGGAUGUGGCAAGUCAUAUUGCGACGCGCGAUCUCUACGUAGACACACAGAGAACCAUCAUCAACCUCCUGCUGAAUCAAAAACAACAAACCACUCAGACACACAUGCGAUCGUCGAGCGUGACACGACCACGUCUCGCGUCACUUCACCUACAUCGCCGUCUCGCACCAACUCUUCAAAUUCGGAUUCAAGCAACUGUUCGGAAAAGGGAAUUCAUAUUGGCGACAGCAGUCCACCUCGCACGCCACCUGCUCCGCCGACGCCGCCAGCACGCCCAAAAACUAGCAAGACCAACAACAGCAGACCAAAGUCCAACACCACAACGCAGCAGAGUAGCCCAAAAUGUGGGAGCGGUGUAAUUGGCAGCGGGUCAACAAACAUUACUGGCGUGGCCGGAGGCCCACCUCGGGCAACGGACAUCAAGCCGGUGGAGUGCAACUUGUGCCAUCGAAAAUUUAAAAACAUCCCUGCUCUUAAUGGCCACAUGAGAUUACACGGCGGAUAUUUUAAAAAGGAUUCCGACAGUAAAAAAUUAGAUAAAAAGGAGUCAACUGGACCGCCGUUACAAACAGCUUCUGUUUCUGUAAGAGCGCUGAUAGAAGAAAAGAUCAUAAGUCGACGAGGGGCCAAUGUAACAACGCCACAAUGUAUAGGUUCAUCAGAUAUGACUACUUCUCGUUCGGGUUUCAUAGCGCCUGCACCACCGCCCUUAUCGAGUAUAAAGAACUCCACAUCGUCCACUAUAGUUGGUUCAUCAAUGCAAUUCGUAUCACCGCGCGCACCUCCAGUUGGCACCGUAACUAGCAACAUUUCCGCUAACCAAAGAGACUCAACUUUAAUUGAAUUAUUAAAAAAGGGGAGUUCAAAGGUUGUAAAGCGCUCAUCAUCAGAUCCAGGUCAAGGUUCACCACAACAAGAAUUCACUUUUCGUCCAGAAUUAUUUGGGGUGUCCUUUAACUCUGACGAUGGAUAUUUUUCACCCGCCCUAAAUGAAGAUACUUUCCAAUUCGCCACCACAUCAGAUCAAUUAGAAGAACUUGCGUCACUAGAAGACUAUGCAACUGUUGCCGCAUCAAUACGAGAACGGUCGCCAGUUACAUUCCCGUCCAGUCGCCGCCUUGCUGCUGUACUUAACUCGCCACUCCCAGAAUCAUUGGCUGAUUUUGGAGCCUGUCAUGGUGGUUCACCAGUACCAUCACCUGGAAUUGGAUAUACUGAAAAUUCACCAGGACUAUCAUAUACUACUGGAGAUUCUCCUGGCUUAGCCUACACAGCGACAUCGCCAAGUGGAAGUUACUCGACACAGCCAGAAUCAUCGCCUGGUCUGGCUUACCCAACACCGCCUGCGUCCCAUGAUGCUCACUCACCUGCCCAUACUGUACCGCGUGCAUCGUCGCCACUAACUGCUGCCUUUUUUACUGCAACGAUGUCAAGCCAAGAGGAGGUGGAAGAAGCACUUGAAGAAGUGCUGCCUGAAGAAUGUAGGUCAUUAGACGCAUAUGUUCUUGAACCAUCAACCACAGCACGGCGAAUUAUGCUGAAUUCAGAAGACCCACUUUUAUCGAGCAGUCCACGUGAUUUCCUAAAUCAACGUGCUAUCAGACGACAGCACCGAAUCGGAGCUCCUAUUACCGCACCUCUUCACCAGUGGCAUGAUAACACGACACUACAGGUGUGCGUAGAAGGAAGAGAUCCUCUACCUGCUGUUUUCCUAAGUCCCAGCAGCGUUCCAGCAUCACCACAAAGACGUAAAAGACGUGCUUCUCCAGCUGGUCCUUAUCGUUCACGUAUGCGACGUUCAGUUGAUCACUACACUCCUCAACCAAUUCUACCACCGGAUAGAGACGGCUGCGGCUUAUUUAUGGAAUUAAUAAAUGGAAUCCAAGCAGAUGCUAACCUGCUCUCACAUUUAGAAGAUCAUCGAUUACCACGAAUUAACAUUGGAGUAGAUCAUCAAGCUGAUAUACCUGAGCUAUGCAAUGAUCGUAUAGAUCUUCAUCGAGUACCUGAACAGCUUCUAUGGGAUCCUGGCAUAAAUGAUGGCCUUGAUGACAACGAAGUUCGUAUGUUCAUGGAACUGGCGAUGUGUGCUGCAAUGCCUGUCGGUGGACACACAAGAGAGUACGCCUUGCAAACAUUAGGCGAAUGUGGGGGGGAUAUCCGAGCCGCUACUCUACGUCUUAUGUCCCGUCCUGCUGCACCUUCACAGCAUGAAUCUCGCUGGACGCCAGACGAAGUCGAAGCAUUUCUAGCCGGCCUAAGUCAAUAUGACAAAGACUUCUUUAGGAUUUCACAGCUGAUAAGAACGAAGGAUUCGAAACAAUGCAUCCAGUUCUACUACUUCUGGAAGAAGGUAACUAAAGACUACAAAACGCUGUACUUGCGAAGUUGGAACGACGGUCAAAUCCCGCAAGGUACAUUAGGACAGGUUUCAGCUCCCGGCUCGGCUUUGUGCGCCUCUCCACCGACCGCUUACGAUGGCGAGGAGUUUCCGUGCAAGAUUUGCGGGAAAGUAUUUAACAAAGUUAAAAGUCGUAGCGCGCACAUGAAGUCGCACCGGCCACUCGACGCCGAGCCGAAAAGGCCAAAACUCGAAAAGCCUUAUGAAAAGGUCGAGAAAUCUGACGAUAAAUCGCUAACGACUGGCGAAUACCAAAAACUCGCUCACUGAAUACUUAUUCGUCCAUUCCGCCCGUGCGUCGUGCUGUGCCCAAUGCGACUAAUCAUCGUAGUCAAAAUAUAUUAAAUCACUUUAACACGUAACAAAUCACAAGGCAAAUGUGUCAAGUGUUGCACCAUAAAUCGCUUAAAGCGUGCGACCCACCGCCCGCGCUCACUCGCACUCCGCCCGGAUGUAUAUAAAUGAAUGGCUAGCUCUAAAUGUUUUUUUUUAUAAUAGUUACGAAAUAGUUCUAUAGAGUAAAUGGAAGUGAUUUAGAACAAACCAAAACAGAGUAGUAACUAGAAUUUAGAGAAGAUUAGCUCUUCGUAAAUUAUUAACAAAGUUACAUUAAUAACUAUUUCGGAAUUUUCAUAAGCUAAGCUACAUGAGAGCGCAUAAAAUAUUUUGUAUAACAAUUGAUAAUUGUAGAUAGGUAGGGCCUUCGUAAAGUUUUUAUAUGACAGACUUCUCAAUGUGACUUUGCAAGUGUGAUGUUGUAAAUAAAUCAAUAGUUCUUCGAAGCUGCGAUUUAGCUCCGCGGGCAGCUUUAUCGAGAUAUUCUAUAUUUCUAUUACAAUUACGUGUGAUACAUUAACGUAACUCGUGUAGUAACUACACUACCUCGUUUAUAUUGAAGUGUUUGUUUUAUUGCGAGCUCAGCUCACUAUUACAUUUGCUUGUUUGCUCACUAUCUUGUUGUUAUUUUGUAGUAUUUUUAAUUUUAUUUUCUAGUCAUACUAGAUAAAUAUACGGAGCAUACUUUGACGCGUUAGUUUUAGAUAUAAUUUAAGACAACGGAAUUUAAUUCGUUUUCCGUACCGUAAAUUAGUAACAUAUCGAAGCAGUUUUUAGAAAAAUAUUGACAGUAAAUGAUAUACCGCGCUUGUGAAUGUUCGAUCAUUGUUUUUAAAUGUUUCUAUAUCUAAACUGUUUUAAUUCUUAAAAAUAUACUAUGGAUUAUAUAACUAGCGAAAAUAUUUUAAAUUCGUUAAAAUAUAAACACACUUUUAAAAGUCUUGUUUUCGUCUUCAUAUUAUGAUCAUUGAACAUUCACAGACGCGUGAAGGUAAAUAAUAAAAAUGAAUGGAAUGAUAUUUUUUUACACAAAUAUUAUCGAAAUGCUCAAAGUACUAUAUUUUAUGUUGGUAAUUUUAUUAACUAGACAUUUGUUGUUAAUCGUUCUAUCGUAUCUUAAUUAUUGGUACUCGAUGUGUAAUUAGUUAAUUUUCGAGUGUAAAUUAUUUUCAAUGGAUGUGUAAUAUAUGUACUUAAAAGAUGUAUGUACGUGUACCUUACGUGUUGUGAUAUGUACUAUUUAUUGUUUUAAAAUAUCUGUGUAUUAUUUAUAAUGGAAUGUACAAAUCGGGCAAUAAGCUAUAUUGCUCAAUUAUAUAACAAUUAUCAUAGAUCUGCCGUUUAUCGGAACUAAUAACAGCUGCCAAAGUCGAUUUAACUGGACGUAUUCUGCGGUUGUGAUGUCUAAUUCACUUUUCGUCUUCCGAUACUUUGUCUCGUUUCUUAGUAUAUAUUUAUUUCGGCAGUAUUCCUUGUAAAAGACAUGUUAAUAAUUUAAAUACAUUUAAAUUCGUUUACUGUAUUAAUUUAACCCGUUUAGUUUAAUGUUGAAUAUUGUAUUAAUACAGAGCGUAUGACGCUAUCGGUUUUACGCAUAAAAGUACAAUCGUAGUAACAUUUGUUUAAGUGCUGUAAUGCUAUUAAAUAUGAAAAUCCAGAAACGAAUAACUCUGUACUGAGUACUGGAGGUAUACUUACGUAGCCGAUUUCCUUCCAUCUGUACCUGAAUGGAAUUCUGCCAAACAUGACACGAAGAUUUUAAGCUCGUUGUCUUGGUAUCUUUCUAGAUAGAUAUUUAUAAGGUUAAAACGAAAAUUAAACUAUGUAUUUGUACAUCACUAACUCGUGUGAUUAUUUGGUUGUGUUCUUAAUCUUAACAAUCUAGACGAAUUUUUUACGGUAAACUGUUAAUUCUAUAAUUAAUUUUCACGAUAUGCCAAAUAAUGUCAAGUAAAAUUAUUAAGUACGCCAUUUAGUAAUUACGAAUUAAAGAUAAAAUUGAGUACGGUUAAAAAUAGAUGAUUGAUUUAGAUUAAGGCAAGGCUUUAACUAAAACCCCGUUCAUACAUAACGUUUUAGUAAAAUAUUAAAGCUUCAAAACUGCUGAAAAUAUGUGCUAUCUAUUUUGUAGUAGAAAAACUAAAUAGAUAUUACAUUUCAUAUUAUGAAAAGUUUAUAUAUAAAACAAACGUAUUUUGUCACGGUAAAUAUAAAAUAAUGAUUGUCUUAAAUUUGCUUUAGGUAUAUUUGCUUUCGAUUAUAACUAACGUUUUCUACUCAAUGGUUUUGGUCGUUAAUGCAGCUGUUAUCGAAAUGGUUUUAUUUUUACCGUGGCUCGCUAUUGUCAAAUUCAAUCUUCAUUAUUAUCAUAACUAAGUAAAUAUUAUUACGUAAAUAAAUAUCGAAAAUAUUUUUUCAAAUAACGAUACCGGUAAUUUAUCUACGACUACAACAUGAAAAUAACGAUUUUUUAAAGACAAAUCCCUCCAGAAAUAUUUUUUAACAAUACUCUUAGCUAUUAAGACUGAAAUAUGCAACAAAUUCUUUAAGCGUUGAUUCUAAAUGGACUCUUCUUUUGUUUAUAUGUAGGUAUAUCAUAAUCGUUCACCCAUUCCACGUGCCAAAUCUUCACUAGUCAGAGUAGGUAUUAUACCAUAUAUGCCAAAUAAAUCAAUGAAUUCUCCUAAAAUAUUUAAAGCCUGAAAGAAACCAGGGCAGGAUAAAUAUGCCAAAGUCCUAUACCUAGUUAAUUAUACUUAUAAUGUUUCGACGCCAAUAGUAGAUACGUAAUAUACAACUGACGAACAGCGAUUAGGAUUAUUUUAUUACGCUGUGUUUCAAACACAAACUGAAUCAUCUCUUAGGAUUCGUACAAAAUACGGCUGGUACAUUUAUACAAUAACCACUUGAAUAGAAGACGCAGAAUUGCUAAGUAUUAAAUUAUAAGAUCGAGUAUUGGACAAUCUCAUUUCGAUUUAAAUAUAGAAGUGCCUUACAAUUUUCUUUUGUUGUUGUUUUUGUUAUUUUCUUUUAACUAAAUCAGGUUACCGAAGCACUGGAAAUUGCAUUUAUUUGUGGUCCACUAAAUCCACUCUGCAAGAUCAGAGUCGCUGUAAAGCGGAUCAGUAUUAGUUCAAUCGUUGCUAGUAAAUUAUUUUAUAUGUUAAUUUAUUUAUAAUUAUAAAGACAGUACGGGCUAACAUUGUUUACGAAUAACGUUAUAAUCAUUUAAGAAGAUCUUUUAACAUAGAUUAAAAUUGUGUUGUUUAUAUAACGAUGUUUAUAGUACAACGGCAUAGUUACAAAACAAUAACUACACGUCAAUUUAACGGAAUGAUAAAUCUACGAAAAUGUAACUCAAUGUAUACUGUUGCAGACCGACUGCGUAAAAACAGAAUGACUUUAUUGAAUUAAAUUAUAAUAAGCCAAGAUAUAUUAUGUAUGUUUUGAACGACAUCGUGAUGUCUCCUUUACGUUUUUUUCGCUAACUAUUUACUGAUUCCAUUCUCUAUAACCCAAAGUAAACUAUAUUAAAUGUGUAUAUACUUAUGUAUUUGUGGUAACACAAUGUUAUUAUAUAUAGUAUAAAUGUUUUAUAAGCCUAAGUGGAUAUUAUAUUCUUCUAAUUUUGUAUCGAAUAAAGUGUGUAAGACAAGUAGGGUGCAAGAGUCCCUACUCCGCGUGUUGUAUUACCACGAUCUUAAAAUAUUAUGUAUUCUAUAAACAAAAAUCGUAUGUAUCGAAUGUAUCGAAAGCUUAUUUUGUGGUAUUUAUUGUUUAUAUAAAAAAGCCUAAUGAUUCAUCGAAAUAAUUAUUAUACAGUACAUAUUUUCCCGGCCUAAAACAUAGUAUUCGUGGAGGUGGUAAUACGACGCCGAAUACCAUACGUACUUUACUUGUAAUUAACAGUAGUUUAACUGACGCGUGCCAAAUGCACGAUAAUUUGAUAUUACACUCUGUGUUGUGAUUUUGAACGUUCUGUAAAUUACAAAAGUCUUUAAAUACUAUAAAAAAAAUUGUAGACACCUUUUUAGAUUAGCACAAUUCUUCGUAGACACUUAGGUCAUUAAUGGUUGUAAGCAUUUAGAUUAAACACUGACAUAGAUAAUCAUUAAAAAGUGUAAAUGUAUUACGUAUAAAUUUUAGAUUCAUUGUUAUAUUAAAUGUGAUGAUUCGUAAUGAACAACGAUUAUUCUGGAGUCCUGUCCUCUCCCGCUCUGGGCGAUUCUUCACAACUUCGCAUAUCCUUGAAACAAUAAGUAAUCAAAUAAAACUAUAUAUAUAUUGAUAAAUUUAUUAGGGUAACUAAUUUUAUAAGACAAUGACUAUUACGUGAUCUUUUAGAUUGUCUUUAUUAAUAAAUAUAUGGUGAAGGUUUUGUCAA